GUACCCGACAUGGGUCCCUGGGUUACACCCCCUUACCACCCUGGGACUCAGUCGCCCCCGCAACUGUCCCAAGGGAGAGCCCCAGACGCGGCCCUUUGGACACCGCCCCAGGCCUCUUCAGGAACGCAGAUGUCCCCAGAGUCCAGGAACCAGGCUACGCCCUGGACGCCGCCCCCCUCGGCCCCUGAGCUGGCUGCAAUGUACCAGGGUCUCUCUGUGUCUCCAGAGUCCUGUCUGUUGCCAGGAACCCCACCCCUCCUGUCCCUCCCAGCGUGCGAGAGACUCCAGCCUCAGUCCCAGUGGGGUUGCUGGAGCCCCAGUGUAGAGAUGCCACCCAGCUCAGAAGCCCAGGGACCGGGCCCUGCCUUCUGGCUCAGUGAUGAAAGCCCUUCCCAGAGCUCAGGCGUGCAGCUCAGUGACUGCCCUGAACUUUGGCAAGAAGAUCUGGAAGGGGCCCACUUGGGCAUCUUCUACUGAAGGCCUGGCAUGUCCCCUGGUCGGCCAGGAGUCAGGCCUCCGGUGGGGGGUGUCCUCCCCGUGUGCUACCUCUGUGCUCUUCAAGGUGUUUUGGUUCAGUUUGGGUUGGGGUUCUUUUAUUUUAUUUGCUUUAUUUUUUUAAGCCAAGGAUCUCUCUUCCAAGUGAUGUGUUUUCAUGGAAGCAAUGUUUGAAACAGGUCGUGGGUGGCCUCCCUGGCUGGACUGGGGCUGGGGUAGCACCCUCCACUCCUAGGCACCCCCCAGAAUGCCCAGGGCUCCGAAGAGCACCGCCUGAGCUGCAGGGAGGUGGUGGCUGCCAGGCUGGGACU